AAUGAAACCGAAUUUUGAGGUAGUCAAUCUACCUUAAGGUACCUUGACCUUGUGGCAGGACACCCACACCGGUUGGUCCUGGUGUUCCCUGGCCACCCGUCUAUCGUUCUGCUGACAAUGAGUCGCGACUUACACAUACAGAACGACACCAGCCUGCGGAGAAUCCAGACAAUGAGCAGGCAAACCUCGGGCAAGUGGUGCCUGCCUUGUGGCAGGGAAAAUGAUGAGCAUAGACAGAUUUCCUCACCUCGCUGUCUUUGACGACGCCAACUGUCGUCUGCGCACCAGAUAUUUCGUUAAUACGUCUUCCUCGACCACAGCCUCUGCCUGACUUGGCACACACUCAUUACGCACCCAAGCUGCAACACCGUCAAUGAAUGUCGGAUCUCCUCCCUUCAUAAUGUGGUCAGGACCCUCGACUCCACAGACGUUUGACUCCUUCGGCGCAGCCACCGGGCUUGCUUUACACGAAUCCAUGCAGAACAAUCAAAGCACGACCAGUCACUCGAAAGCACACAUCUUCCGACAAUACGUCGUCCCUGUGAUCCUCUGCGUUGGCGUCAUCAGCACGAUGGUACACAACAUCUAGGCAAUGGUGGAAGGCGUCGGCAGACCGGGUAGUGGGGGUUGCUGCUGCAAUUGUUCGGCGCCGACAUGAAGGAGCAUGCCGGCUGGCGCAUCGCGAACAUGGCAUUCAAAGAUCGAGGCAUCACUGGGUACCAAGCUGGGAUCAAUCGCAGGACUUGUAUGGGGAGAUGCACGUCCUUGGAUACGCAGUGGAGCAGUUGACAAUACUUAAUCAGUAUCCUUCUGUUUCCGUGUCUGCACUAUCGACAGUCUUUGUGAAGUAAUUGAUGAAAGGUUACGACCUUGUUGCUUGUCAUGUAGGCCCAGCAAGCAUGGCCGCGUCAAUAAAGCAACAACCCCUGAAGGGGGCGCAAGGGCUCGACAUUCGUGUUGAAGACUACCUCGACGACAAGCUCCAAUCCACUACCGACUUGGAGAGCCUCGAAACCCUGCUGGCCAACGUCGAAACCCAGCGCAGCCAGCUCCAGGCACAGCUCGACAAUGCUGUCAAGCAGCUCGACGAAGCUCGCUUCACGUCCCGCGACCGCCAGACCUCCCUCGAGACGCGCAUCCAAGACUUUCAGGAGCUUCAGCACAGCAUCGACAUCCGCGUCAAGGUGGCCGCCGCAUCGGAUGCACCCAACCAGGCGAUCGCCCGCCUGCAGGAGCCCAUGAAGAAGCUGCGCACCGUCGAGCUGGCGCAAAAAUAUCUCGUCCUCCUGCAAGAUGUUGACGCCCUGCGCAAGGAGGCCCGGUCGCAUCUGCCAGAAAGCCCAAAGGCGGCGCUCGAGCCGUAUGCGCAGCUCAAGCAGCUGUCGGUGCGCCUGGCCGAGCUGUCUGGCAUCGCAGACGACGCGGCAGUGCACCUCGUCAACUACGUCGAGACGGUCACCGAGACACUGUGGGAAGAGAUGAAGAAGACCAUGUCGGCCGAGCUGGACGCCAUCCUGGCGAAGAGGUCCUGGCCGAUGGGCGUGGAGCCCAGCGCUGAGAUGGAUGACGAGUGGCUGCAGGGCUUUGAAAAGUUGAUCGACCUUCAGAUCCCCGAGGUCGUGUACAGCACGGAAACUGUGACGUUGCUGCCCUUUGACGUCAUGUGCAAGAUGUUCAUCUCCGAGUUCCGAUACCACUUUAUGAGCGACAAGCCGACAAGCAAGCCCGAGGCUCUGGGAACGCACUGCUUCCCGUGGUUCCUGGCGACGAUUGAGAAGUGGGAGGAUUUCUUCCGGGACAACCUGGGCCACAUGCUUGCCGCCAAGCUGAAGGACACGCCGGCGGCAAACAACACGGUCUACAUCGACCCGGUGUGCGCCCUCGUCACGACAAUGCUACCUGUUCUUCGGGAAAAGGUUCACACUGUUGUGGCCGACGCUGUCAACGUGCCUACCUUCCUGAGCAGCCUGAUCGGCCAACUCAUGACGUUUGAUGACAACAUUCGCGCCAGGUUCAGCUAUGACGGAGGCAACUCGGAGGACGGAUGGGCUGGCUUGACCACCGAGGUCCUGGACCAGUAUUUCGAGCCCUGGUUCGUGGCAGAGAAGGAAUUUGCAUUGGAGCGAUUCCAGGCCAUCAUGGCUGCGCCAGAUGCCCGAAACAUCGACUACGACUACACAGGCAGCGGAAAGACGAAACCGACCCAUGGCGCGACCCGCGUCACUGAUCUGCUGCGAUCCAUUACCGCGCAGUACGAGCGGGCCAGGAACUUCAAGCACAAAAUGCGCUUCCUCAUCGGCAUACAGCUCGACAUCCUCGACGACUUUCACGAUCGGCUCAGGGGGUCGCUUGAAGCCUACCAAUCCAUCACAUCCGCCGUGGGCAGGACGCUGCAUGGCGUGACCAAGGAGCAGCUGGCAGCGCUGGAGGGAACGGGAGCUCUCGAGACCCUGUGCAAGGUGUACGGCAGCUCCGACCAUGUUGUCAACACGCUGAAGGACUGGAGCAACGAGGACUUUUUCGUCACGUUGUGGGACGAACUCCAGACGCGGGCGAAACCCGGCAACGAGCCUGCUGAGAUUGCUGGCGACAUGAGCUAUGAGGAGGUCAAGGACCGAACCUCGACGGCCGUCGGAUCGGACAACGGGGACGGCAUCUUGUUCGAUGAAACGAUAGCCGCCUAUGCGUUGAGGAGAAAGGCAGCGCAGGACUUCCUCGUCGGGGCCUUGUCCAAGUCUCACAAUGAUGCCCUCAAAGCAUACUCGACGAAGGUGCAGUGGACGACAAUCAGCGAUAAUGGCGCCGAGGUGGAUUCCUUCCAGCUUGCCAUCACAGCCGAGCUCGACGAACCCCUUCGUUCUCAGAUUCUCCGUCAAAACCUCGACUUUCUCGUCAAAGCUCUCAGCACAGCCGCGUUUCGACGCACGUGGCGCGCAGCCCUCGAUAAGCUGCAGGACUUCCUCUGGGGCGAGGUGCUCAUGCGGCAGACGUUCACAGCGCUCGGCGCGGCGCAGUUUCUGCGGGACCUCAACGCCAUCCUGUCGCUCGUCGACCGGUACAUCCCCAACGGCGUGGGCCCGCUGGGCAGCCUGCAUGACGCGCUGCGGCUGCUCAACCUGCCGGUCGAGGCGAAGUCUGGCGGCGGCGUGUCGCUCAAGGUGGCGACUGACCGCAUCUUCACAGACAAUACGGAGGCGAAGAAGAUGCUGGAGGCGCUCGAGAUUGACUCGCUGACGCCCGCGAACGCGAGACACAUUUUGCAGCGGCGGCUGGAGACGAAUGAAUAG